CUUAAAAAUAAAAAACAAAAAAUAAGAGAUGUAAUAUAAAUUAUGAUGUAAUAUAAAGUAUGGAUGACACAAGGACUGAAAUACUUCAAAGUAGAGAAGAAGAAAAUUUUCUUCUUGAGUCAAAUAACGCUUGUCAUGAAAUUUUCAAUCCAAUCAGAUGGUGUCUACCUCCGGCAAUUAAAAAGUACUGGAAGACAGUUUUACUCGCCACAAUGCUCUUUCUUGCAGGAUUAGUUUUUCUACUCAUUGCCAUUCUUAUUGUUGCGUUACCCAAGUUUAGAAAUGCAUCGAGCAGCGUCGUAUUUUUUAUGUUUGGAUUAAUUUGUAUAAUUCCUGGAGGGUAUCACGUGAUUUACAUUUGGAACUCCUACAAAGGAAAAGAAGGUUACAACAUGGCAAAAAUAGCUACUUUUAAAGAUGAGAAUUAUUAAGAUUGCAUAAGCUAUAAUGAUCGUGUUUUAAAUGGAAUACACUCAAUACCAUAAUUAUGCUUGGUAAAAUGAAGAGUUCAACUAUAAUAAAAAAACAUAUAAAAAACAGACUAAAACAAAAAAAAAAUGGAACGGAAGCAGAAUAAUGAAUUUUUAGGAAAAUAAAACCUGUAUGCUUUUA